AUGCCAGGCGUCGUCCAAGAACCUUCGGCUGAGGGGCUCGCGAUAAAAGAGCUCCAUCCUACGUUUGGAGCCGAGAUCGAAGGAGUAGAUUUCGAAAAUCUAUCCGAGGCGCAAUUUGCUGAGAUAAAGUCUGCGUUGAGCAAGUAUGGCUUCGCCGUCUUCCGCCGCACCGGCCUAACGGACGACAGCCACGUCGCCUUCAGCAGGAGGUUCGGCGAGCUCGACAACAUCAAGCGGUACCUGACGCCCGGCCGCAAGCUCCGCUACGAGCUCCUCGAGCUCUUCGACGCGGGCAACCUCGACGCCGACGGCGAGAUCGUGCCGGCGGACCACCCGCGCGCGCACUACAACAAGGGCAACUCCCUGUUCCACGUGGACAGCAGCUUCAACCCGAGGCGCGCCUCGUACUCGCUCCUGCGGGCGGUGGUCAUCCCGCCCGCGGGCGAGGGCGGCGAGACCGAGUUUGCGGACGCGCGGACGGCGUGGGACGAGCUGGACCAGGAGACGCGGGCGCGGCUGCUCGGGGCCGGUGGGGACGCGGGCCUGGCCGGCGCGCACUCCAUCAGCCACUCGCGCAAGCUGGCGGACCCCGAGUACUUCAAGGACCUCGACCCGGAGGCGGGGCCGAUGGCCCGGCACAGGGUGGCGCAGGUCCACGAGCCGUCCGAGAGGAUGAGCCUGUACGUGGGGCACCACCUGAGCCACAUCGAGGGGAUGGACAGGGCCGAGUCGGACGAGCUGGUGAAGAAGCUGAAUGCCCACGCCACCCAGCCCAAGUACGUCACGUCUGUGAGCUGGGAGAGCCCUGGGGACCUGGUCAUCUGGGACAACAGGGCGGUCCUGCACAGGGCGACGAGCGGGCCGUUUGAGGGCAAGUUCAAGAGGGAUAUGAGGCGGACGACGGUUCACGAUGAUGGGGCGUAUGCUUUUGGCUUGAACGCGGUGGAGCAGGAGAUGUCCGGCUUCGAUUCCUGGUUUGUGCGCUUUAGCAGCCUGAAUCUUGUGCCUCAGCAUGGAAUUACUAAGAUUGCCGGCAGACUUGCCCGACCUCAAGACCACCAGUAA